AUGCCCCCACAGGGGCAGUACACUGUCCUCCGCAUCAAGCGAAAGGCCACCGAAGCCCCCCUCUCCUCGCUUGUCAUCAGCGAUGAGCGCGCGACCAAGCGCCGCACUCUCCGCGGGAGAGGAGUGUUUCGCCUUGCCGAAACUGUGCCACACACCUGGCGAGGCGAGGGGCAAGAGUGCGAGCAGCUCAAGUUCCGCAUCCAAGGCCUCAUGAAGACUGAGCCCUCCGAAGCACCGACAGCAUCGCCUUCCACAGCGUCCGUGCCCCUCCCCACACCCCCACCCGCCCCACGUACGCAGUACCGCGUCGUCCCACGCGCACCCAAGCGCGACCCCAACCUCCCUCCUCGCGUGAUUACGAACGCGGAGAUUGAAGCGGCAAGGAACGCGCUCCUCUUCGUUGACGCGACGGCAGUACAGGAGGCUGCGGAGGAUGCUGAGAUGGCUGCGUUUCUGCCCAUGCUCAAGGAAUACCUGAAACUGGAGCACGGCGUCACCACCCCGCCCUCACAGGACGACGACUACGUGUACGACCUGUACUACCGCACCGAGGGCCAGUGUACGGCCGCCGCAGACGUUGGCGCGCUGCUCGGGUACGAGGACCUCAGCCCACCUAGCACGCCACCUGACAGCGAGCCGGAGGACGAGGCGGACGAGGACAGCAAUGGCGAGGACUACUACCGCAACGACUAUCCCGAGGACGAAGACGGCGACGAGGACAUGGAGGGCUUCCAUGACGCGUACUCUGACGGCGCGUGGAGCCAUGACUCUGAGGCGGACAGGGAGGAACCGGACGUGUGGGACUACCGCUAG